AGCAAAAUCUCCAUCCUUUGUCCAGAGCAGAACAGAAUGGCCAUGUCCCAGGAAUCAUUGACCUUCAGAGAUGUGUUUGUGGACUUCACCUUGGAGGAGUGGCAGCAACUGGACUUUUCUCAGAAGAACCUCUACAGGGAUGUCAUGCUGGAGAACUACGGCCACCUGGUCUCUGUGGGAUACCUGGUGGAUACACCAGAUGUGAUCUUCAGGUUCGGACAAGGAGAAGAGGCCAGGAGGGAAGAUGGAGAACCCAUAAUACAGAGCUGUCCAGAAUUCUGGAAAGUUGAUGAUCAGAAAGAUAACCACAAGAAAAGCCAAGAUAAAUCUCUGUGGCAAGCUACAUUUAUACACCAGGAAACUCUGAAGGAUGCGAGUGACCAAGAAGUAAGAACAUGCGGAAAAAUUAUUUAUCCCAGCACAGACUUUGUUUCUAUAAGAAAAAGACUCCUUAAACAUUAUUCAUGGGAAAGAUGUUCAAAACAUAAUUUGAACUUUCUUAGUCAAAAUAGAAGCUAUGAAAAAAAGAAAGAUGAUGAAUAUCAGGCAUAUUGGAAAUUAUGCUUCCAUUCUAAUCUUGAUAAAGCUCAACCUGGAGAGAAAAUCUUUGAACCUAAACACCAUGGAAAAGCCUUCCACCAUAAGCGAGCCCUUAAAAGUCAGAAAAUUCAAACUGGGGAGAAACCCUAUGAAUGUCCUGACUGUGGAAAAGCAUUUAUCCAGAAAGGAAACCUUGCUGUACAUCAGAGAACUCACACUGGAGAGAAACCUUAUGAAUGCUGUGAAUGUGCAAAAGCCUUCAGCCAGAAGUCAACCCUCAUUCCACACCAGAGAACUCAUACAGGGGAGAAGCCCUAUGAAUGCAAUGAAUGUGGGAAAACCUUUAUCCAGAAGUCAACUCUAAUCAAACAUCUGCGAACUCAUACAGGAGAGAAACCAUUUGUAUGUGGUGAAUGUACAAAAACUUUUAAGAGUUCAUAUCACCUUAUUAGACAUGAAAAAACACACAUUAGACAAGCAUUUUAUGAAGGUAUCAAACGUGGUAAGUCAAUCCUUAUGCAUCAGAGGACUCAGACGGGUGAGAAACCUGAAUGCAAUAAACACAGGAAAACCUUUUAUAAGAAACCCAUCCCCAUUAAACAUCAGAGAAUGCAUACAAAAGAGAAAACUUUUGAGUGCAACAAAUGUGGAAAAAGCUUCAAGGGAAAGUCAGACCUCUCUGUUCAUCAGAGAAUUCACACAGGAGAAAAACCCUAUGAAUGUAGCAUAUGUGGGAAGACUUUCAGUGGAAAAUCACACCUCUCUGUACAUCAUAGAACUCAUACAGGAGAGAGACCUCAUGAAUGCGGAAGAUGUGGGAAAGCCUUUGGUGAGAAAUCGACCCUUAUUGUACAUCAAAGAACUUAUACAGGAGAAAAACCCUAUAAAUGCAAUGAAUGUGGGAAAGCCUUCAGUGAGAAGUCAUCACUGAUUAAACACCAGAGAAUUCAUACAGGAGAGAGACCCUAUGAAUGCAGUGACUGUGGGAAAGCCUUUAGUAGGAAGUCAACUCUCAUUAAACAUCACAGAAUUCAUACAGGGGAAAAACCAUAUGAGUGUGGCGAAUGUGGGAAGGCUUUCCGUGUGAAAUCAACUCUCAUUGUACAUCAUAGAACUCAUACAGGAGAGAAACCCUAUGAAUGCAAAGAAUGUGGCAAAGCCUUCAGUGGGAAGUCAACUCUCAUUAAACAUCAGAGAAGUCAUUCAGGAGAUAAAACCUCUUAAUAUACUUAAGAGUGGUGUAACAUCACUAGCAGUUAUACUUCAUUGUAUAUCAAUUCAUCCUCGGGAGUAACUCUUAAAGGUCAGAAAUUCUUCAUAUAGUAUUUAAUGUUCAUUUAACUUAAUAAAAAGUAAUAUUGCAGAAGCAUAUAAUAAAUGUGAUCAAUAUUUCACCCAA